ACGCGCAGGCGCAGUCCGGCGCGGGGGCUGGCAGGACAGUGUAGUGGCGGACAUGUCCGGGAUCCGGGGUUUGUCGCGGCUGCUGGGCGCGCGGCGCCUGGCGCUGGCCCGGGCGGGGCCGGCGGCCUUCCAAACAGGAACCCGCGGGUUUCACUUCACUGUCGAUGGGAACAAAAGAGCAUCUGCUAAAGUUUCAGACUCUAUUUCUGCUCAGUAUCCGGUGGUGGAUCAUGAAUUUGAUGCAGUGGUGGUAGGCGCUGGAGGGGCAGGCUUGCGUGCUGCUUUUGGCCUUUCUGAGGCAGGAUUUAAUACAGCAUGCGUCACAAAGCUCUUUCCUACCAGGUCUCACACCGUCGCAGCACAGGGCGGGAUCAAUGCUGCUCUGGGAAACAUGGAAGAGGACAACUGGAGGUGGCAUUUCUACGACACCGUGAAGGGCUCCGACUGGCUGGGGGAUCAGGACGCCAUCCACUACAUGACAGAGCAGGCCCCUGCCUCUGUGGUCGAGCUAGAAAAUUAUGGCAUGCCCUUCAGCAGAACUGAAGAUGGGAAGAUUUAUCAGCGUGCAUUUGGUGGACAGAGCCUUAAGUUUGGAAAGGGCGGGCAGGCCCAUCGGUGCUGCUGUGUGGCUGAUCGGACUGGGCACUCGCUGCUGCACACCUUGUACGGAAGGUCCCUGCGAUAUGACACCAGCUAUUUUGUGGAGUAUUUUGCCUUGGAUCUCCUGAUGGAAAAUGGAGAGUGCUGUGGUGUUAUUGCACUGUGCAUAGAAGACGGGUCCAUACAUCGCAUAAGAGCAAAGAACACCGUUAUCGCUACUGGAGGCUACGGGCGCACCUACUUCAGCUGCACAUCGGCCCACACCACCACUGGUGACGGCACGGCCAUGAUCACCAGGGCAGGCCUCCCCUGCCAGGACCUGGAGUUCGUUCAGUUCCACCCCACAGGCAUCUACGGUGCUGGGUGUCUCAUCACAGAAGGGUGCCGUGGAGAGGGAGGCAUUCUCAUUAACAGCCAGGGCGAGCGGUUCAUGGAGCGCUAUGCCCCUGUUGCGAAGGACUUGGCGUCUAGAGAUGUUGUGUCUCGAUCAAUGACUCUGGAAAUCCGUGAAGGAAGAGGCUGUGGCCCCGAGAAAGAUCACGUCUACCUGCAGCUGCACCACCUGCCCCCUGAGCAGCUGGCCAUGCGCCUGCCUGGCAUUUCAGAGACGGCCAUGAUCUUUGCCGGCGUGGACGUCACCAAGGAGCCGAUCCCUGUGCUCCCCACUGUGCACUACAACAUGGGCGGCAUCCCCACCAACCACAAGGGGCAGGUCCUGAAGCACGUGAACGGCCAGGAUCAGGUUGUGCCCGGCCUGUAUGCCUGCGGGGAGGCCGCCUGUGCCUCCGUGCAUGGCGCCAAUAGGCUCGGCGCCAACUCGCUCCUGGACCUGGUCGUCUUUGGCCGGGCGUGUGCCCUGAGCAUCGCAGAGUCCUGCAGGCCUGGAGAUAAAGUUCCUUCAAUUAAACCAAAUGCUGGGGAAGAAUCCGUCAUGAAUCUUGACAAACUGAGAUUUGCUGAUGGAAGCAUCAGAACAUCGGAGUUACGACUCAACAUGCAGAAGUCGAUGCAGAGUCAUGCCGCGGUGUUCCGCCUGGGGAGCGUGCUGCAGGAGGGCUGUGAGAAGAUCAGUCAGCUCUAUGGAGACCUGAAGCACCUGAAGACCUUUGACAGGGGAAUGGUCUGGAACACAGACCUGGUGGAGACCUUGGAGCUGCAGAACCUGAUGCUGUGUGCGCUGCAGACCAUCUACGGAGCCGAGGCACGGAAGGAGUCUCGGGGUGCUCACGCUAGGGAGGAUUACAAGGUGCGGGUCGACGAGUAUGACUACUCCAAGCCCAUCGAGGGGCAGCAGAAGAAGCCCUUUGAGGAGCACUGGAGGAAGCACACCCUUUCUUACGUCGACAUCGGCACCGGGAAGGUCACUCUGGAUUACAGACCUGUCAUCGACAAAACUCUGAACGAAGCAGACUGUGCCACGGUCCCCCCAGCCAUUCGCUCCUACUGAUGAGAGGAAAUGCGGUGACCACAGAAUCAGCUUUGUAAUUAUGUACAGUAGCUCACGCGCAUGUCAUGUCAUAAUGGCCUUUAUAAAACUCUGCACUUAGCUUUG